AUGUCGGAAAAGCCAAUUUUGCCGUCCAUCGUGUCGAUGGGUGCUCUCACCAUCAACGACAACUCCAAACAUGGAUUCGGAUACAACCCGUCUGUGGGGCCCUCGUCCAACGCCAUAACACCUGAAUCAUCAUCAAUUCUCCUCAACAAAAGAACCAUAAGCUUGACGCCCACGUCGCAUAACUCCAUCUACGACAAGACCGUCAACACGAAGAAAGUCAACGAAAUCAGUCUAUCGUCCUUGGCAUUCCUCUUCUGCGAGGUUGUCAACUGGGCGCUGUCACAGUCCAAAGGAAUUCAAGACUUGGAAAAUAGACUCAACGGGCUCGGGUACCAGAUAGGCCAGCGGUUCUUGGAACUCGUCAAACUACGCGAGGGCAUGAAGCACGGCAAAAGAGAAACGAAAAUCAUCGAGAUCCUACAAUUCAUCCACGGGCCCUUCUGGAAAAGCAUCUUUGGCAAGACUGCCAACGACUUGGAGAAGUCCCUGGACGUCAACGACGAGUACAUGAUCAUCGACAACCUCCCUGUUGUGUCCAAGUUCAUCAGCAUACCCAAGGAAUACGGCAACUUGAACUGCCUGGCGUUUGUUGCUGGUAUUAUCGAAGGCGCUCUAGACUCCUCAGGCUUUCACGCAACCGUGGUGGCUCAUUCUGCCCCAUUGGACUCUUUCCCUCUCCGCACAGUGUUCUUGAUCAAACUAGACGAACAGCUUCUUCUCAGAGAGGAAAUUCGAUUCAAUUAG